UGGGCUAUGGGGUGAGGGACUGAGGAUUUGGUCUGGGGGACCCAAACGACGAUUUCUCUCCACAUCCAUCCCUCCCCCAGCUCCCAGUGAGUCAGGUUUCCGAGUUGUCUGGCCUGGCCACUUUCAUUUCCCCUGGUGCUGGGUGGAGGCUGGUACAGAAAGGGGAACUGAGCCACUCGUCUUCUGAGGCCUGGGGGCAGCGGUGGGGGCGCUCCCACCCUCCCUGGCCCAGCCUGGAGCUGGGCACUGCUCAGAGGAGAGGCCGACACAUGGGGACACCUUAGCAGGAGGUGGCGCUUAGCAGCUGCAACCCAAAAAAAGACCCCUUUGCCAUGAACCAGCCUGCCCCUGGGGCCCUGCCUCCGCCCCGCCGUGUGCGGCUGAAGCCCUGGCUGGUGGCCCAGGUGAACAGCUGCCAGUACCCAGGGCUCCGCUGGGUCAAUGGCGAAAGGAAAUGGUUUUACAUCCCUUGGCGCCAUGCCACGAGGCACGGCCCCAGCCAGGACGGGGACAACACCAUCUUUAAGGCCUGGGCCACGGAGACGGGGAAGUACACGGAGGGGGUGGACGAGGCCGAUCCAGCCAAGUGGAAGGCCAACCUGCGCUGUGCCCUGAACAAGAGCCGGGACUUCCGCCUCAUCUAUGAUGGGCCCCGGGACAUGCCGCCUCAGCCCUACAAGAUCUACGAGGUCUGCUCCAACGGCCCCACUCCUGCAGAGUCGCAGCCCACUGAGGAUUACGUUUGUGGCGCAGGAGAGGAGGAGGAGGACGAUGAUGACGACGAGCUCCAGAGGAUGUUACCAAGCCUGAGCCUCACAGAAGCGGUGCAGCCUGGGCCCCCCAUGGCACCCUAUUCUUUACCCAAAGAGGAUGUCAAGUGGCCGCCCACUCUCCAGCAGCCCGUGGGGCUGGGCCCCCCUGCUCCAGACCCCUGCCUCCUGGGCUCUGCUCCUGGGGACCAUGCUACCUUUGGGGAGCUUCUCCCUGAGGUCCUGCCGAGCCUGCAGCCCGGGCCCCUGGCUGACAGCCUGCCCCCCCAAGGAGAGCAACUCCUGCCCGACCUACUGAUCAGCCCCCACAUGCUGCCCCUCACCGACCUGGAGAUCAAGUUCCAGUACCGGGGGCGGCCACCCCGUGCCCUCACCAUCAGCAACCCUCACGGCUGCCGGCUCUUCUACAGCCAGCUGCAGGCCACCCAGGAGCAGGUGGAGCUCUUCGGGCCUGUAAGUCUGGAGCAAGUGCGUUUCCCCAGCCCCGAGGACAUCCCCAGCGACAAGCAGCGCUUCUACACGAACCAGCUGCUGGAUGUCCUGGACCGCGGGCUCAUCCUCCAGCUGCAAGGCCAGGAUCUGUAUGCCAUCCGCCUGUGCCAAUGCAAGGUGUUCUGGAGCGGGCCCUGCGCCUCCGCUAAUGGCUCGCACCCCAACCCCAUCCAGCGGGAGGUCAAGACCAAGCUCUUCAGCCUGGAGCAUUUUCUCAAUGAGCUCAUCCUGUUCCAGAAGGGCCAGACCAACACCCCACCACCAUUCGAAAUCUUCUUCUGUUUUGGGGAGGAGUGGCCUGACCACAAACCCCGAGAGAAGAAGCUCAUCACUGUACAGGUGGUGCCCGUAGCGGCUCGAUUGCUGCUGGAAAUGUUCUCAGGGGAGCUCUCCUGGUCGGCCGAUAGUAUCCGGCUACAGAUCUCAAACCCAGACCUCAAAGAUCGCAUGGUGGAGCAGUUCAAGGAGCUCCACCACAUCUGGCAGUCCCAGCAGCAGAUGCAGCCUGUGGCCCAGGCCCCUCCUGCUGGCCAGGGGCCCUGGCCAAUGCACCCAGUUGGCAUGCAGUGAGGCUGCAUACAGUGACUGCAGCAGGCUUCCUGGGAGGCUACGUGGACUGUUGUGGAGGUGUGAUGGCCCCGCUGGGCACCUGCCUGGCGGCAGGGUCUUAUCUCUGGGUCUCCUGGAAGCAGAUUUGGGCCAAGAAGACAGGAGAGGGGCCCGAGUUCCAGAUUCUCCCUGCAGAAGCUGAGGGAGGCUGGGAGCCAGGUCUGCUUUGGGGGCUCUGUCUUCUGGACAUGCCUCUCUGCUAGCUCCGGUGUGCUGGUUCUGAAGGAAUUCAGCCGUCAACACCAGUGAGCAGGGAAGGGCUUCCCAGGACGCCGGGGCCUAACUGUAUAGAGGAAGUGGUCCCAGAGUGCCCCCAUUUCCUCCGGCAGAAAGCCUCAAGUCCUGUGGCAGGUUCCCCUGGUGGGGCCUCCGCAGGGCAUGGGCCUGAUUUGGGGGUUCCCUAGUUUAAGCCUCACUUCCUCAUCUUUCUCCUUUCUGAGACAGAUUUGAGCACUUAGGUAUUGCACCAGAUACUUAAGGCUGGCAGCUACCUCCUUUCUUGUGAAUCCAAGAACCUGGGGUAGAAAGUGGAAUUUUAUGUAUUUUUGGAUUAAUAAAUGUUAAAAACACACU